AUGAAAUUAAAAUAGAUUUAUUAAAGGAACUAGAGACAUGUUCAGGUAAUAACAUAAUAAUUAAUAAAAUCAAUAAGAUCAAGAACAAGAAAAAUAAAAGUAGAAGAAUUAUAUAAAUAAGGUAUUGAUAUCAUUAAUUUAGGAUAUAAAUUAUAUUAUGAUGAUAAAUAUAAGGAAGGAAUAAAAUUCUUCGAUACUGCAUUAUUCAUUAAUUCAAAGCAUCUUAAUUCAUUAUGUUAUAAAGGUAUAAACAUUAUAGAUAAAUUUAAUAGCCAAGUGUUUAGAUAACCUAGAUAAUUAUAAUGAUGCAAUUAUAUGGGUUGGUAAAGUUUUGUAUAUUGAUUCAAAACAUAUCGACUCAUUAGAAAUAACAGGUAUAAAAAUAAUAGAUAGAUGUAUUAGCCUCUUUUUUAUAUUAUUUAAGUAAUUAUAAUGAUGCUAUUAUAUGGGCUGAUAAAGCUUUGUCUAUUGAUUCAAAACAUGCCCCUUCAUUAAGAAGAAAAUGUAAUUAUUCAUCUUUUAUAUAGGUGAAUCCUUACAUGGAAUGGGUAAAUAUGAGGAAGCUCUUAAGAUUAUUGAUGAAGCAUUGAAUUAUAAUCCAAAUAGUUUUUACUCUUUAUUUUCAAAAAGGUUUUUAUUAUUUAUAUUUAUAUCAUUAUAUAAAUAUUAAAAAGCAGUUGUUUAUUAUGAUAAGUCUAUUUAAAUCAAUCCAAAUUAUUCAUAAUCCAAAAAUCGCAAAGGUAUUUAUACUAAUUUAUAUCUAUAGCUAAAUGUGAGAAACUAAUUAAUAAAUAAUAAUGA